UUCAGUGUGUUUGUAUAUUAUUGCUCUCAUAGUAAUAUAAUUGAAAAUAAUAAAAAUAAAUAGCUUAGAGCCGUUUCUCGUGAUAUUUUUAAUGUAAAAUCCAGAUCUUCGAGUUGCCCGUAUCACGCUUCGCAUAAAAUUCGGCCUGCAAAAGAGACAAUUAAUUUAGGAAUCCAACAAAAAAAGAGAUAGUAUUACAACAACAACAACAAAAAACGCGUAAAACAACAGAGUGCGUGCGACAUGUCGAGUGGACGACCAAUCAAGUGUGUUGUUGUCGGCGAUGGAACGGUGGGCAAGACAUGCAUGCUGAUUUCUUACACAACGGACUCGUUUCCGGGCGAAUAUGUGCCAACAGUGUUCGAUAACUACUCGGCGCCCAUGGUUGUGGAUGGCGUUCAGGUGUCACUUGGGCUGUGGGAUACGGCAGGACAGGAAGAUUACGAUAGACUGAGACCCCUUUCAUAUCCACAAACAGACGUCUUUCUUAUAUGUUUUAGUGUAGCGAGUCCAUCAUCCUUCGAAAACGUCACAUCAAAAUGGUAUCCCGAGAUCAAACAUCAUUGCCCCGACGCUCCAAUCAUUCUCGUGGGAACCAAAAUCGAUUUGCGCGAAGAUCGCGAAACCCUAAAUGCCCUAUCCGAACAAGGUCUUGCGCCACUGAAACGAGAACAGGGACAAAAAUUAGCGAAUAAAAUUCGAUCGGUGCGAUACAUGGAAUGCUCAGCUCUCACGCAACGUGGCCUCAAGCAAGUCUUCGACGAGGCAGUGCGUGCCGUACUUAGACCCGAGCCCUUGAAACGACGUCAACGCAAAUGUAUUGUAAUGUAAAAAAAAAGUCUUCGAGAGCAACUUGGAAUUUGAACAGGCACCAAAAUUAAAUUUUUUCUUAAGUUUUAAAAAAAAGUGUGAAUCUCAAAAAAAAAACUUUCUUUCUCGAAAUGCACCGUUGUUCGUGUAAAUCUGUAUAAAGUAUUAAAAAAUGAAAAGAAAAAAAAACAUUUUAAAGUGUAUACGCCGCGUAAUAAGAAAAUAAAAGAUAAGCGAGAGAUACAUCACUCCAGACAACAAAAAGAUUGAUAAUCGCAGCCAAUUUUAUUAUUAUUAACAUUAUAUACAACAUUAAAAAAUAUAUAAAAAAAAUAUUAUAUUCUGUACUAAAUAACUAACAAAAAAAAACCAACAUUAUGAUCACAACUCAGAGACGACCGUAAAAUAUUUAACAAAAAAAUAUUUAUAAGAAUUUUAUAACAAAAUAUAACGAAAAAAAAGUGCAGAAAAAACUGUGCCAUUAAUUUCUCAACUAAAUAAAAAAAAUAUUAUUUUUAAAUACCAAGAAAACCAUCCACCCGACAAGGCAUUUAUUGGCAGCAAAAAAAAAUAUUUAGAAAAAAAUAAAUAUUUACUCUCCUACCAAUUGAUUAAAUAAUUAAAAAAAAAACUAGUUCCCAAUAAUACUUUUUUAAGUAUUUUAGGAAGAAAAAAAUUAAAUAAUCAUAAAAAAAAAUUAGAAAAUUUGAAACUUAUAAAGAAAGACCAAAAAUUUUAGACAGUACUUGUAAAUCUUCUAAAAAUGAAGAUAAAAAUUCUAAAUUUAAUUUUUAAGUUCGGCUCUCUCUCUCUUUUUUAAUUAAACAAGAAAAAAUGUGUAUCUAAAUUUAAUUUUUUGUGUUAUUUUUUUUUUAAUUUAAAAUUUAAUUUUAUGAUUUUUGUUUGUACUACCUACUAAAAUUAUAUUUAAAAAAAACUCAAGUAAAUAAUAAUUA